GUUUGCUAUCGCCGAAAUUAGGUGGGUGAACUUAUAUCUAGCACGGAUUGUGAGUUAGGCCAAGGGUCAGAUGGCGGACAGUGCGCCUACGACGCCGGCAGAGUGGCAGAGCGUCGGCGCGCACCACCGCAUCGGCAUGCGUCGUGUCGCACAGCUUGCCCUGCCGCGGGCCGCGCGCACCAACUUCGUCAACGCUGCUUUUCUUCUGUUACCACUGUUCGGCAUUGUUACUGCAGAAUCAACACAACUGCAAAUCGUGUGUAAAGACUUUAAUUCCCACCGGUGUUUUACUUUGGAAUCGGAGUUCACCAAUGUGGCUGAGGCGAGGGAAGUCCAUUCAAACGCGAAUCUGCCUAACAAUUGCUUUAUUAGCAAUUCGAGACUUCAACCAGGAAUAAAAAAAGUCAUAACGGUCACAUCGCCUAAUGGGUUAACACACUUUCUAUUCUGCAAGUCCUUGGUUGUGGGAGUGUUGGACAAGAGAAAUAUAGCGAGAGUGUUAGAAGGAUACCAAAGAGAUCGUCGUGAAGCUGCGUACUCUCCCCGAGGUCGGUACAGGGGUCAGACACAGUCCCAAUAUCUCGCAAUAGACCGAGGAAGUGGUAAAGAUGAAGGGAAAGCUGAAGCCCAUUCCGCUGCAGAUUCAUCACGAGCGACCGUCGUUGGCAACAGCGGCAUGGGCCAAGCUCAGAGUCAAUCGAUGUAUGAUCCGAGCUGCGAUGAUUGUUUGGGUCGAAAUGAUUUGGGAGCAGAAAGUUUGAAACGCCGACCAGGUGAAAUUACCAGUCAAAAUGGGCCAGGAAGCAACGGUGUUGGAAAUGGUUCAAAUAGACCAGGUGGACUUGGACCUGGUCAAAUGGUCGAUCCUAGGACUAGUGGCUAUGGAGGAAAUAAUGAAGGUGGUACACCUGGUAAUAACUACAACGGACAGUAUGGACAUCCUGGUGCAACUGGACCUGGUGCUGGGUAUGACCCUGGUAAAGAUGGAUCUUUAGGCGGUACAUCAUUUGGGCCAGGACAAGGAUAUCGACCAGGGCAGGAUUCCAAUGCCAUACCAAAUCGGAACAAUAAUGGAGGUGGAGUAGGUACCCCUGGCACUAAGUAUGGAAUGGGUGACGGCACACAUGGGCCAGGCGGCCCUGGUUCUGGAACAGGCACUGGGGGUCAAUAUGGACCAGGCGGCCCUGGUUCUGGAACAGGCACUGGGGGUCAAUAUGGGCCAGGCGGCCCUGGUUCUGGAACAGGCACUGGGGGUCAAUAUGGACCAGGCGGCCCUGGUUCUGGAACAGGCACUGGGGGUCAAUAUGGACCAGGCGGCCCUGGUUCUGGAACAGGCACUGGGGGUCAAUAUGGACCAGGCGGCCCUGGUUCUGGAACAGGCACUGGGGGUCAAUAUGGACCAGGCGGCCCUGGUUCUGGAACAGGCACUGGGGGUCAAUAUGGCCCAGGCGGCCCUGGUUCUGGAACAGGCACUGGGGGUCAAUAUGGCCCAGGCGGCCCUGGUUCUGGAACAGGCACUGGGGGUCAAUAUGGACCAGGCGGCCCUGGUUCUGGAACAGGCACUGGGGGUCAAUAUAGACCAGGCGGCCCUGGUUCUGGAACAGGCACUGGGGGUCAAUAUGGACCAGGUGGCCCUGGUUCUGGAACAGGCACUGGGGGUCAAUAUGGACCAGGUGGCCCUGGUUCUGGAACAGGCACUGGGGGUCAAUAUGGACCAGGUGGACCAGGUACGGGAGGAACUGGGCCUGGAAUGAUUGGAAAGUAUGGCCCAACAGACAGUUCUCAAAAUGGAAAUGGGAACAUUGGGCCAGGUAACCAACGAUACAUACCUGGCGGUUCAAAUGAUGGAAGUAACAUACCACCUGGUUCCUUGAUGUUGCCACAAAACGGAGUUGGAACCUAUGGUCCAAAUCAAAGCGGACGACCAGGAAGCGGCAUAUACCAAGGCGGUGGUCAAAAUGGUUAUCCAGUACAAAAUGGUCGUUACCCAGGAGGAUUAAACUGGCCUGGUCUUAGUGUUCUCGGAGCUGAUGGCGUUAAUUAUUAUUGCUGUGUUCCACAAAACGGUCAAGGUAAUGGGUACAAACCACCUGGAGUCAUUGGUGGAGGCCAAGGUAGUGGUGGACAAUACGGACCUGGGGGACAACAAGGUAGUGGCUCAGGUGGCCCUGGUGCGGGUACAGGCGGACAAUAUGGCCCUGGUACUGGUGGUCAAUACGGGCCAGGGGGUACAGGCGGAUCAUACGGACCAGGUGGCCCUGGUUCAGGUACUGGUACUGGUGGACAAUAUGGACCUGGUGGACCUGGCAGUGGUUCUGGUGGACAAUACGGCCCAGGCGGCUCUGGAAGUCAGUACAGGCCCGGUGGCUCUGGAACUGGAACCGGUACUGGAGGCCAAUAUGGACCAGGAAGCACUGGAGGUCAAUACGGACCAGGCGGUCCUGGUGCUGGAACUGGUACGGGUGGACAAUAUGGACCAGGCAGUACUGGAGGGCAAUAUGGGCCUGGUGGUACAGGUUCUGGCACUGGUGGGCAAUAUGGUCCUGGGGGCCCUGGUGCCGGUGCUGGUACUGGAGGUCAAUAUGGGCCGGGAAGCCAAGGAGGGCAAUAUGGGCCUGGUGGCACUGGGAGCGGUACAGGUGGACAAUAUGGACCAGGUGGUUCAGGUGGACAAUACGGCCCAGGUGGUUCAGGUGGCCAAUACGGCCCAGGCGGUUCUGGAGGGCAAUAUGGGCCUGGUGGUUCUGGAGCUGGAACUGGAGGUCAAUAUGGACCAGGCGGCACUGGUGGCCCUGGUUCUGGAACAGGUACGGGAGGACAAUAUGGCCCAGGUGGUGCUGGUAGCGGAACUGGAGGGCAAUACGGUCCCGGUGGCCCAGGAAGUGGCACUGGUGGGCAAUACGGGCCAGGUGGACAAGGUAGCGGCACUGGUGGGCAAUAUGGACCAGGUGGACCAGGUAGCGGCACUGGUGGGCAAUAUGGACCAGGUGGACCAGGUAGCGGUACUGGAGGUCAAUAUGGGCCAGGAGGAACUGGGUCUGGAACGGGAACUGGUGGACAAUAUGGACCAGGUGGCACUGGAGGACAAUAUGGGCCUGGUGGUCCCGGUUCUGGAACUGGAGGUCAAUAUGGACCAGGCACUGGAGGACAAUAUGGACCAGGCGGCCCUGGUUCAGGAACAGGCACGGGUGGACAAUAUGGACCAGGUGGGACAGGCACGGGUGGACAAUAUGGCCCAGGCGGCCCUGGUUCAGGAACAGGCACGGGUGGACAAUAUGGCCCAGGUGGGUCGGGCACGGGUGGGCAAUAUGGCCCAGGCGGUCCUGGUUCUGGAACAGGCACUGGAGGACAAUAUGGCCCAGGCGGCCCUGGUUCUGGAACAGGCACUGGGGGUCAAUAUGGACCAGGUGGGACAGGUACAGGUGGACAAUAUGGCCCAGGUGGCCCUGGUUCUGGAGCAGGCACAGGUGGACAAUAUGGCCCAGGCGGCCCUGGUUCUGGAACAGGUACUGGUGGACAAUAUGGUCCAGGCGGCCCUGGUUCUGGAACAGGUACUGGAGGACAAUAUGGACCAGGUGGGACAGGCACUGGAGGACAAUAUGGCCCAGGUGGGACAGGUACAGGUGGACAAUAUGGCCCAGGUGGCCCUGGUUCUGAAGCAGGCACUGGGGGUCAAUAUGGACCAGGCGGCCCCGGUAGUGGAACUGGAGGGCAAUACGGUCCAGGUGGCCCUGGAAGCGGCACUGGUGGGCAAUAUGGGCCGGGUGGACCAGGUAGUGGGACUGGUGGGCCAGGUACGGGUGGACAAUACGGGCCCGGUGGUUCCGGUGCUGGAACUGGUGGACAGUAUGGCCCAGGUGGCACUGGAGGACAAUACGGACCUGGUGGUCCCGGUUCUGGCAGUGGUGGACAAUACGGUCCAGGUGGCGGACAAUAUGGGCCAGGCACUGGAACUGGUGGACAGUAUGGACCAGGUGGUGGAAGUGGAAGUGGUGGCCAGUAUGGUCCAGGUUCUACAUAUAAUCCUGAUAAUCAAGCGGGUUCGGGCGGUAACCAGAAUGGUGUACCACAAAACGUCAUCGAUCCCAACUCUAUCAUUGACGGGGAUGACUCAGAAGCUCAAGCAAGUGUAAACCAAGCAGCCAACGGAACAGUCGCAUCUGCAUCGUCUAAAGGUGGCAACGACAAAGGAAGAGCGCAGACUAAUGUACAGGGUACUUAUACAGGCAGUGGAUCUUUCUCAGCUCAAGCAGAAAUUACUGGUGAGAAUAAAGCCGCCAGCAGCCAGGUAGCUGGUGACAAAAGAAGUGCCUCAAGUACAGCCCAAGGCAGUGGUCGAAACAAUAAAUCACAAGCUAAUGUAGAACUCGGCUUAGAGACCGGCUCAGUUGUAACUGGAUCGCAAAGUGAAGGUAUAUUGCACUCGUCUAAUUCACAAGUCCAAGGUAGUGUUAAAGGAGGUAUGGCUGACGCGCAAGCACGAGGACCAGGCAGCACAUCUUCACAAGCUCAAAUCGGAUUCACACCCUACAAAGAAGGUGAUAAAUCGCACGACACACAGAAAACACCAUUCGUUGGAGGAGGCGUAGCUGCUGCACAAUCCAGUGGCAGAACUGGCAUGUCACAAUCACAAUUACACGGCACUUUCAAAUACGGCAUAACAUACAACGGUGCUGCUCAGGCAGGAUCUAGUUUAGACAAAGAUGCAGUAUUCCCAAAUAGAUUACCUUUUGAAAAGAUUGACGUUAAUGAUGCAAGCAACAAGAACAUCGACAUUAAUGAUGAACCCAAUAAAAACACCAACGUAAACGAUGACAUCAAUAAAAACCUCAACAUAAAUGAUGAAAAUCUUAACAUCACAGAAACAAUAGAAUAUACUACUCCUGCACCUUCGAUUGAUCUAUCUACAACGGAAAUAUCGUAUGAACCGGGUGUACCAGAACCAGACAAAGAUGAGCCACUUGGCCCGCCUGAAGAUCCGUUCGACACACAUAAACACGAAGAUCACCAUUUAGAUGACCCAUCAUUGAUGCCUACUCGUUCACCGCCAGUAGAAAGUAGACGAUCGUUCCAACCAUCUUACAAUCCAGACGGGGACUACGAAUACACUCCAGAUAAAGAUGAUGCUCCACCAGAAGAUUACGAUGAUGGUUUCGGUCCUGAAGGAGCUGAUGCUGCCGAUAGCGAACAGGGUUAUAUUAAUCCUAGCUACAAUGAAUUCUCAAGAGAUCCUGAAACAACACAUCAAUCACUCCAUAGUCCAAAACGAAAAGGCGUAGAAGUGAGGCAGACGACCGGUGGUAAUACGCAACAUAUAUUGCUAGGCUCCUUAACAAAUCAAGAUGUAGAAAUCACGCAAAGGAAUUCAGAACGCCCUGAUGAAAGUAGAAUAUACCAACCUGGAGAACGUGUACCAGGUACCGGUGGUUAUACAAUACCUAUUGGAUUCACAGGUAGUGUCAAAUCUGUAGCGUCUAAAGAUAAGACUUACGUAGUUGGUUCCAAAGAAUCUCCUUCACAGGCACAAACAGUGUCCCUUACUUCAGGGAGCGGCAGAAUUAAAUACAAAUACCCUCCAUACCCAAGGAAUGUUAAUCCGAAAAAUUUAAGGUCAUUAUACAGUCCCAAACCAGAUAAUAGUAACAGGUACGUUUCGGUCUCGAAAUCAGUGACACGUGACCUGGAUGGUGAAAAUAAUGUUCGGAAACAAUAUUCUCACACAUAUUACACAAAAUCCUCAUCCUGCGGUUAUUUUACAUUUACUUGUACCAUGGUCAGCAGCGCUGAGGGUAGGAAAAAGGUUUGCAAGCCCAAAAUUCCCACAAACCCGGAUGGAACACCAAUGAGGUGUAACUAGAUAUAGUAUAGUAAAUAACUUCUAUCUUAACAAAAUACCUAUUUAAAUACCUAUACAUUGUACAGACAAAUUCAUUACGUAAGAUUCAUUGGUGCUAGUUAUUAAGACACUUUAGAUAGUAGUAAUUAAAAUAAAUUUCAUAGUAUUGUACAUACUUUGAUAAAUAUUGUUACUAAAAAAUAAAUAAUAUUUACUUGUCCUA